CUUGGACAUCGUAUCGGAGUCUUAUCACGACGAGUGUUUUACACGAGAUAGGUGCCCAAGAGAGAGGAAAUUUCCACUCGUUCCUAUUCCGGCUUCGCAGAGUAUCUUCGUCGGAACGAGGGAGCGAAAGUCCCCCCGGGGGAAAUCGUUCCGUGACGCAACGAGAACCGAGGAUACGCUCGGAGUAGCCGUCUGAGUCAGUGUAACGACCCUGUGAGAGUCGAGAUGCCUGUCUCCCGCGGUCUCUGGUGCCUUCUCUUGUGCGGCCUCGCCUGGAACCGGGUGGAGGCGGAUGCGGAAGUGAAGAAAAUCCAGGUUUUCGAGACGUCGAAGGAGGUGGAGCUGCCAUGCAGAGCCCUGUUCGAGUCACAAGGACAGUUCCAGCUUUCCUAUUGGAUUCUGAACGACAGAAGCCAACUGGACUCCAAGAAGUUGGAGAUCAGUACCAAGUAUCGCCUUCCUAAUCCCCAAGAUGGACGUCUUCAGAUACUGGAUGUGGCGAUGAAAGACGCUGGGAUGUACACGUGCGUCGUGGAGCUUGAGUCGAAUCCUGCAAUCGCGAAGACCUCCAGGAUAGAUCUCAAAGUAAUCGAAGAGAGGAGAGAGACGAGAGAGGGGGAAGACCCCGCGAACAUCGACGAAGCCGAAAAAGCUAUGUGGGGGGCGAUAGCUGCAGGGAGCUUCGCAGCCGCCGUCAUGCUCAUCUGUCUCGUCUACAAAUUCCGAUGGAAGGACCCGAGAACCACGAACACCAAGUACGGGACGGGGACGGCGGGUCUGACGAGCCCUGGGUCGGCGACCACCUACGACAACAUGGCCCUUGACAUCGAUUCGGAAGGGACAAAGGACACGAAAGGCCCCGUCGGAGGGGAAUCCUCAUCGAACGAUCCCGGCUACGAAAAAUACUGAACGGAUAUCGAGACGAUCAAAUAUCCCGUAUUCUGUGAUAUAUUGAGUGAAGAGACGCUUAUAUCGUAGGAUUCAUCCUGAUGUGCGCAUUCCCCUGUACCUGAUGCAGGCAUGUCACUGCAUUCAAAUCGCUCGAGUAUAAUUUCACAGACGAUGUAGUCUCAUGAAGUUAUCUCUCAUUUAAUUCACUAUUAUGGGGAAUGAAUAAUUUUUCUGGAUGACAGGAAAUAUAAAUAUGUGAUUUACCUAUAAUUAGUUUGGGUGCGUUGAACGUAUUUCAAAUUCUUCGAAUUAAAACAAAAAAUCAACUCAGUUUUUCACUUUAAACAAGCAUACAGUCUCGUACUUUCAACAGGAUGUGUCAGAAACAGUGAGACGGUGAAUAUUCAACCCCUGUCGCAUCGUGCCCACGUUUUCGGGCAUUUCUUUAAAUUAAUUUUACAGCCUCUAUUCUACGCGACUUUUCCUAUGGCAUCGCAAUUUUCAGAACAAAAAAAGUCCUGUCACUCUCCAGCGUCUUCCGCUUUUCUUUUCCCAAUAUGGCAUCCUCUAAUGACCCCAGGGAAGUGCUCCUUUCAUCAUUUCAUUUUGCUAUGCAUUGAACGAUUUUUGGAACGGUUGUAAAAGUAUUGGAGUGCAUUGUUGAGUGAACGCACCUGCCUCCGGAGCAACCACAGACUAUUCAUUGGCAUGUCAUUGGCUACUGUAACUCCCUGAGCUCGUUUGUCAAAAAACGUGGACACGAUGCAUUAGGGUUUACAUAAUCUCUUAGACGUCGCACAUGGACAUCGUGCAUGAGUCCAAGUCGACUGUAAAGGUCUAAAAGUGCCGUGCACAUGGCGACGGUUCUGUACAUCGCGUUUGAAUCCUCCUUCAUCGUUCCUCUAAGAAGGAAUCCUGAGGUACGACGUUUUACUCAUGUUUUGGUGCAUUGUGUUUUCGGGCGCAUGUUCCACCGAUCAAUGACCGCUUCAUAUUGCUUACUUGCGACAUGUUUGUUACUGUAAAAGUAAUAUUUUUCAUCGACUCAAUGCAUGUACUUAGUGAAACUAUCAAUAUCCAAUGAUACACUCAGAAUUUGAAAGUAUUUUUUCAAAACCAAUUUUGAUAAAUAAGGUUUGUCUGGGUGAUGUUUUUGUUAAAGUUACCAUCCAUGGGCGUUUCAUGGUCCAUCAAAUUACGGUUGAUUCAAGAAGGAAAUCCCGUUUUUAGUACUGGCUAGUUUUUCAUCUUGUCUAUUUCGUCUUAUUACCAUUCGUCCCAUUAUUUACCUGAUUAUUCAUUCCUAUACUUUUUUGCUGUACCGUUUGUGUACUUGGAUGCACGAGAAUACAGAGGCAUUAUCAUUGGUUUCCUUUGUUUUCGGGAAGCGGAUUGAAAAUGUAAUGUCUGCAAAACGUGCUGAUGUUAUUAUUAUUCAUGCACUCAGAGAAAUUGGUGAAUCCAAGUGAUAAAACCCUUCUGUCG